CUUGUUACAUGUUUCAGCCGGAAGUGACGCUAUUGUAGGAAGUGUUUAGCGAUGCGCGGGAGUUUAUUGUUGCCAUCAAGAGAGCUAGAGUUCAUAUUAAUUUUCUUCUUUCAUCUAAAUCGAAAUCCUAGCAGCACAGGGAUUUGCAUAGAAUGGCUCAGCUAAACGAAGUGGACUUACCUCCGAACCUGUCAUGUCUGAAAAGCAUAGACACCCUCCUCCGUUGUCCUAUCUGCUUCGAAUUUCUCAACAUCACCAUGAUGACCCAGUGUUCUCAUAACUUCUGUUCUCUGUGCAUACGGAAGUUUCUCUCCUAUAAGUUGUUGUGUCCUGUGUGUAACAUGCCAUCAACAGAACAGGACCUGAGGAACAACAGAUUAUUAGAUGAUUUAGUUCAGAGCUUCCAAGCAGCAAGGCAAAAAUUGUGUCACUCAAAUUUGGAAUCACCCCCUAUUUCACCGGAAACCCCGGUUAUGAGGAUCAAAGGCAAAGCAGCAAGACAGAAGGGCCUCAGAAAGGAAGCAAACACCCUCAGUCAUUUUUUCCAGAAGAGGACCCCUCUGAUACCCUCAUCAGAGGCCCAAACAAGUCUUAAGCUUCAUGUGCCAGUCAAAUCAGAACCCAUGGAGCUGUGUUUACAGCAGCUAGGUGACGUCAAUCAAGAAAAUGUAGAGGAUGCAAUGGGAAUGCUGAAAAACGAAAAGAUGGAUGUAACUGCUUUUCCUUCCACGUCUCACAAUAAGCCACUGGAUAAAGUGGAAUGCCCAGUCUGUGGAGUAGGUGUGCCCGAACAGCACAUUAAUAAACAUCUGGAUAUGUGCUUGAGCAGAGAUGAUAAGAAGGAGGGAUUGAGAAGUGGUUUAAGGCGAAAGGCGAUGCCUAAGCUUUUGUACACUUUGAUUGCUGUUCCAAAGCUCAAGAAGAUGCUUAAAGAGUGUCACCUGUCCGCUCAAGGCAGCAGAGAGCAGCUUGUGCGACGCCACCAGGAAUUCACCCACAUCUAUAAUGCGCAGUGUGAUGCACUCAACCCCAAAUCAGCUGAAGAAAUUGCCAAAGAAGUUGAAAACAAUGAGAGGUUAAAGAAUCAAAUGGGGAGUAAACAAAAACCUGUAAUCAUCACUACGAAGAAUCAGACUGCUGAAGAAAUUGAGGAGUUACACUCAAUGUACCGAAAGCAGAACAGUAGCGAAUUUUCCCACCUGUUGUUGUUUGGAAUUGCCCAGGUCAGAUGUCGUCUGGAGACAUCCAAGAGCACCGAUUGGAAGUCUGCAGAGGAAACAGACUCCAAAGGUUCAUCAAACAGCAUUCAGAACACUCCCCAGCCUCUCGUUUCUGCAAUGCUGAAAGUAAAGAGUGAAGAGAUGGACGGGGUAAUUGAGCUUCCAUCAAGAUCAUCAAGCCCUACAAUCAGUGAAGUGUCAGUCAGCAGCUCCAUCUCAGAUAUUUUCUGUUGAAGACAUGGCAGCAGCUACUCAAACACAGCGAGUGAGUUCUCCUCUCCAGAAGUCCAGAGCAGCCUGUUACAGAGAGAAGUCUCUAUUCCCAUUGGGAAGAUGUUUGAAGACCCGGUGAAGAGACACCCCCAGUUCAUUAUGUAACAAGAGUAUCAGUUUCAGGUUUUACUGAGCUGAAUGUGUGGUCUAAAUGUCUGAACUAAGUGAUUUCCAACAUAUUAUGUACAAUAGUUUUUUGUUUUUUUAAUCAUUACAUUGUUUUCUCCAAUAGAACAGAAAAAACCUUUCAUGGAAUGUCUGUAAUUCAUUCAUAAUUUCAUAUGGAACUUAUGUACAACUGUAGUUGAUCAGCUGAUUGAGGACUCCACAGAAGUAUGUGGUUUGAAAUCUGCCAUUUUUGCUUGUGAGUGACUGGCAACUAUCCUUUGGCAUGAAAGGAAGCAGAUUGGUCCAUUUUUUCUGUUUUUGAAGAAACAACUGUUAAAAAAUAUCCAGUAUUUUUUCAGGAUACACAGUGGAUAAAUUUAAGUAGAUGUCAAUUGAAGAACAUGUUUGUGAUAAGUUUAUUUUGAAGGCCUCUUCCAGCAAGGACUAACAGGGUCUGUAAAACCUUCUCUUCUAUUAUGUGUUCAGAGUGUUAUGAAAUGCAUCUUACCUCCUGCUUUUGAACUGUUCCCAAUUGUGCUGUCAAGAGUAAUAAAUAGUGAGGGUUUCCUGUGCUCAAGAUUUCUGAUGCUCAUCCAAGCAGAUAAACAAACUCAAGCAUGCACAUGCACAGUAAA